GAACAUUAACAAAAUGCUGGUGUCCACAACUCACAUUUUGUAUUUCAGAAUGCAUUUCUUUCUACUGUUCUUUCAUUAUUAACUGAAAACCUGAAUGAAAAGCAGGCUUGCGGGCACCUCAUGUGGUCGUGGGGGGCUACCUGGUGCCUGUUCCCUGUUCUAAACCAACCCAUGUAGGUGUGCAAAGACCUUUUUGGAAAAAAACAGCCUGCAUCUCAGCUUUGCAUUACCAGUGUGAAACAGUUUUUGCAGAUGUUUUAUUUUCACAAAUAUUGUUCUUUUUGUACAGUUUUUCAUAUUUUUUUGAUUUUCUCAUAGUAUUUUGACUUUUUUAUUGUAAUAGUAUAACAUUUUCCCAGCCUGUUUUUCCAAAAAUUGCAGCUUUAUUUGAUUUGUUCCUCAUCUUCAGAUGUUUUUUUUUCUACAUGUCACCUUGCUAUUUUUUUCCUCUUAAUAUUAUGACUUUAUUCUCCUCAUCUAUUGUACACAGUGGGAAGCAUAAUGAGUCAUGUGGCGGGCACAGAGGGCUACCCUUUUGACGCAACCUUCCUGAACUAUUAUAAUUUGCAUCAUUGCAUGUAUGACAAACACUAUAAUUUAAGUUGAACUUUAAAUCAUUCAUUAGCAGGCAUUAUAUGAGGCUGCGUAUUGCUCUCAGGUAUUAAUGCUUCUUUACAGUGAUGUCUUCUGUGCAGAUAACAUUUUGGACAUGCAACAGAGACACUUUUUUUUUUUUUUUUUUUACAACAAAUUAAAUGUUUAUCUUCUGCAGGCUAUUCCUGCCAUAGAGUUAAUUGAAGGACGCCAAGGUAUUUUCUGGAAGAGUCAAGGACGAUACUGUAUAUUUUAAGGUACCACGUAAUGAAUACAUUUUUUUAUUAUUUUUUAUUUCAUUAUCUUAAUUGAUUUUAAUUAUUGUAUAUUUUGCUUUAGUGUAUAUUUUAUUGUACUUAUAUAGUACGAUGUCUAUGAUUGACCACAUGGGGGCGCCAAAGCCCUAUGUCUCGCCAAAGGCUUGUUGCGAAUGAACGCCUCUUCAGCACUCAAUUGACCUUUUGCUCUCAAUGAGGGGUCAAGCGGGCUUUAAAUUAACACACACAUCUUUGUAUUGAAUGAGUGAUGUCGCAGCGCAUAAAUCAUAUUUAAACAUUUUUUGUGUGUGGGGGGGGGAGCAAAAACGCGACAUGUAAGAUUACAGCAAAGGCGUUUUAAUUGGAUUUGUCUGUGAUAUCAUUAUUAAAGUAGACAAGGAGCAGGCAGGAGUAGGGGGUGCCGUGAAAGGGUUAAAUCUCAGUCGACGUGUUUCUCAGCAGAAGGUGGUAACAGUGUGACUGUAGAUGUUUGGAUGUGGGACUGGCUCAGUGUGGAAUGUGGAGACGCGCUGAGUGGAGAGAAGCGCACGGUGCGCACUGUGGGAUACUUCACUUGACAUCCGCCUUUUACCCGCGCGUUUGUCGGGAUUGAGUAGCGGGAAGGAUCAUUUCCUCUGUUGGUGUGAUGUUUGGAGCGUUGUGUGAAGGGUCAGUGUAGCUCUUCUUUGUAGGGAAGCAGAUUUUUUUGGACACUUUGAGUCAAAGUGGAUGGAACAAGGACCAAUUUAUCAAUUAAGUGCGCAAUUACAUUAAGCAAAAAAAAAGGUGACCACAGAGAUGGUUGAGCUGCAAAUCUUCACAUCUUCAAGAGGAUCUUAAAUAAAUACACCCCCGAUAAGUCACGCAAGAUGGGAGCUCUGCAAAUAUUCCUCUUUUUUCUCCUCCUGCAUCAGGUCUCCUGCAGGAAAGUACGUGGGGGAGCCACAGAGCUCAUCGAGUGGGGGGAUGGUACACACGAACAGACGUCUCCCACAGGGGCCAGUCCGCGGAUCCUCAACCCCUUGCGUCUGUUUGCAAGGGCCUCCCCGGGGUUCAAGAGCAACGUGAGGGAAAUGUCAUAUUUACAGAACACGGAGGACUUCUGGGACUGGUUAUCUAACCAGACAGAUGUUCAGGAUCCCCAGGCCAGAACUAAACGCAGGCCCAUCGUCAAGACCGGCAAGUUCAAAAAGAUGUUCGGAUGGGGCGACUUCCACUCCAACAUCAAGACGGUCAAACUCAAUCUGCUGAUCACAGGCAAGAUCGUGGACCACGGCAACGGCACCUUUAGCGUUUACUUCCGCCACAACUCCACGGGUCUGGGCAACGUGUCGGUGAGCCUGGUGCCGCCCUCCAAGGUGGUGGAGUUCGAGAUGGCCCAGCAGUCCACGCUGGAAACCAAAGACACCAAAUCCUUCAACUGCCGCAUUGAGUAUGAGAAAACGGACCGCAACAAGAAGACGGCUCUGUGUAGCUUCGACCCAUCCAAGGUGUGUUACCAGGAGCAGACACAGAGUCACGUCUCCUGGCUCUGCUCCAAGCCCUUCAAGGUCAUAUGCAUCUACAUAGCCUUCUACAGCGUGGACUAUAAACUGGUGCAGAAGGUGUGUCCUGACUACAACUACCAUAGCGACACACCUUACUCCUCAACAGGAUGACCGCUGAGACUUUUGUCUGACCUUUAAAUCACCGUCACGUCAAACUCUAAACUCCUUUCUCCUCCACUCACCUAAAUAGAACCUGAGCAGGAAGCCAUUCCAAAAUGGUUGUGAGAUACUUCCAACAUGUUCUCACCAGAGUUUCAGCCCUGCUUCCACCCAGCAAGUUUUUCCAGUGUAACAGACCACUUUUCAUUGGGAUACCAUUUGGAGUGUUAGGGUACAAUACAAUACAGUAGAUUCCUGCUUUUCACGGGGGUUACCGCCAGCAAAUGGCAAAAAUCUGCGAGUAAUUGAUACACCAAUAAAAAUGUCUAUUUUUGAGACACGGCUCACUCCUUCCCCUCCAAACCCUCCUGCUAGCUUGACGUUCUCUUCCGAUUAUAAAAGUAAAGAAUCAAAGUGACUGGCCCUCCCCUUCUCUCUUCAAUUGCCAUUGUAAACUCGCAACUUAAUCCAGGUUUAAGACCUAAAAAUGCCUCACACAUUUUAAAAUCUAAAAUGUAUCAGUACUCAAAAAGUAAUGAAUGAUAAUGUGUGAUGAUUCAUGAACAGAUGGAAUCGGCACCACGGUGUAGCCUUUGGCGUGGUCGUCAGGCUAAGGCUAGCGGAUAACAGACUAGCGAAAGUGCUUCUCCAAGCCACCUCUACAUAAUCGACGAUUUCCAAUCAUAUAUUAACUUGUGUUCAGGCCGAAUUGACUAUCAAGCUAGUGCGGUACAGCACGCAACUAUGGUGUGUUCAAGGGCCGCCGAACAAAGUCUGAAAUAUCAACGUCUGCCGAAAAAACAUGAUCAGCGAAGGAUAAAGACAUAAACAUGUAAAAUACUGUGGGCUCUUUAACAGUGGUACAUGUAUACUAUACAUUUUACUUGUAUUAUCCCGUAUUUAUAAGUUAUUACUGACUUAGGGUGAUUGAGAUGUCUUUGCAAAAAAUAAAUAAUAGGCGCAAUAUUGAACGAAAACCAAAACGGUAUACAAAAACCCAGGCAAAAUUUUCCUCAAAAACCCGAAUCAUACAAAAAGUGGUGUGUUCGAAAACCAGGGUUUCAUCACAUUUUAUACAAAUUCCCUUUCAAAGUCAAAAAUGUUCACUUCAUUCAAAUUAAUUUCUAUAAAUAACUAUACAUCCACGCAACGUUGCCUAAGUUGUGCAACUCUAAUUAAGAUUAGGGUCUAUGGUGGAUUCCCACGCUUUCGUGAUUCAGCAUUUACGGCCCCGCAAAUUUUGAGGAUUUUUGGUUAACUUUUUAAUUUUUUUUCUCAUAAAAUAGGUCAGAAUCCAGCUGGAACCAAUGACGGCUUGUCUUAAAUGUAACUACGACAAAAAGUGUAUGAAUGCUUGGUGUCUUACCCACGAAUUCACGCAAUUUUUUUCUCAUUUUUUUGUGUUUUUUUAUGUACAUAUUAUAUUUGUAUUUUUCCUCUGAAAAGAGUCUGUUUUUCCGCAGAAUAAAAUACAUCUCAUUCACCAUAAGUCAGUAAUAAUUGAUGCAUAUGUGAUAAUACAGGUAAAACGCUUCUCUGAUGAUGUUUUUUCGUCAAGCGUUGAGAUUUUGCACUUUGUUUGGCGGUUCUUGAACGUAUCACUGUGAGACACAAGUGGGCGAGGUACACCCUGGACUGGUCGCCAGCCGAUCGCAGGGCGUAUUUAUACAUGUUAUACUGUCGUUUAAAAAUGCAUGUAAUAAAGAAAAGGGCAAUAAUAAUAAUAACAAUUACAACAGUCAAUUUUAUUUUUUACUUAUAUAAUCGGAGGAGAACGUCAAGCUAGCAGGAGGGUUUGGAGAGGGAGGAGCGAGCUGUGUGUAAAAAUAGGUAUUUUUAUGGACAUCUCAAUUACUACUUUUGCCAUUUGCUGGUGGUCCCGGAAGGGAACCCCCAUGAAGAGCAACCUAAGGAUCUACUGUAUUCUCUUAUUUAUUUUGAAGAUUUUUCAAGCAAUCAAACAAUUAAUAGUGUCAUUAGUAUUCGAGUUAGGCUGUGGAUUGACAGCUUGAGAAUAGCUUUCACCAUCCACCCUCCCAGCAAAGCACUGCUAAUUAUUAUGUUGUCCAGAUGUUGCGGGGAAGCCGAGGCCACACGCAGGCAAGUUGGAGGUGAAAACGGCUCCCUCCCCGCCUUCUAAACAUCACGUAUGGCACGAAACGUGGCUCCGUGUGCGCUCGCAUUUAUUCUUACCUUUUCACUGAACACAAUGGCGAUGAUUUUAAAAAGCUUUGACCAAUGCGUGUCUGGAUAAUAGACGCACUUUGACAGCCGCUGUCCAAUGAGCCGAAUGAAAGUCAAAUGACGGAUUGACGCUAGCAUGACGUGAGAAAAGGAGCCAAGCAAGUGGAGUUGAAGAGAAUAACGGUGAAUCAUUAACAUCACGGGCUCCUGCUUGCCAAAUGUCUAACUGACGUCUUAAUUCUCCGCCAUCAUCAUCAUCGUCAUUAUAUCGCACGUGUGCGUGCUGAAAGCGGUCUGUUCGCCCGAUGAACAUGAAGGCAUCACGUGGCGUUCAAGUGUCAGGAGAGGAGACAAUAAUCAGCACUUUGUCAGCCGCCCUGACAUCACCUGGAAAAUGUCAUGUCAGGAAGUCUUUCCAUGUGAGGAGUAAAACACAUCUGGAGACGGAACGAGGACAUGUUGACGCUUUGGUGUAAAAGUGGAACAUCUGGUCUCGUAGUGAGGUGCGGAACGUGCUUUGACUGUUCAGCACAGUUAGAGGCCACGCGUGGAAUGACUUCGUCUGACUGUGCUCCCUGUCUUUUCCACAUCAUGUAAAGAUCCUCAUAUGCUCACUUCCUUAUACUCCCACACAUCUUAGGUAUCUUAGAUGCAGUCAACUUCAGGAUUUACGUACUUUAAAUGGCGUUUUUUUUUCCUUGACGUGUGAAAAAAAAGGAGACAAACGUUUAUUAGAUGGAGGGGUUUUUUUGCCCACCGUGUGUUGUGGUAAAAACGGUAACAGAUCGAGC